CAAUAGAUGGAACCCGCAAUUGCAUCGACUGUCAACGCUGGAGAGACUUGCGUCAUGGAGUCAGAGGACAUUGUGAAGGGUCUUGCAGAUGGCAGCAAGGAAGGGAUUUCGGUUGAGAUGAACACCACUGACUGUGCAGACGUGCUGGCAACAAUAUAUGCACAUACUGCAGAGAUGAUGGGUGAUGGUGAUGAAUCAGACAAUGAUGCAGGAGGGAGCACUUGUGAGACGGAAAAGGUUGGGGAAGAGAGAGGAGAGGGAGGURUGGGGAGCAGGGAAAAUCAUGCAGGGUGUAUUGUUGAGGAUGAAAAUGUGGUCAAGACAUUAGCARGAGAACADUUCCCAUAUGACAUCAAUUGGGUGCCUGGUCGUGUUCAACCGGGUAUUGUUGGAGGAGUACCCUGCUUCGCAGUUAUAAGGUUGAACGAUGCGGCAAGAGCUCAGGAGAAAGGGCAACAUGCGUUGAAAAUGUGGCGUGUUCUGGAGGCGAAGGGAGAGUUGAGGCUUAACGAUUUUUUGUACGACAGUUUUGAUUGCGGAACGCCAUGGGUGAUUGAUGGGAACGAUGCAGCAGUGAGAACGGUGUGCCCCGAGAAUGAUGCAAGGAGGGAUCCUAGGUGGGGUUUGGUGCCAUAUGAGAUCCCGAUUACAUGUGGCCGGGUGAGGAUGGAGAUGCGUGAUGCCAUGGGAAAUGUCUGGAACACGCAUUACAUCAAUGGCAGGUUCUCCUUCAGGCAUCUCAACAGGGAGGUGUCAGAAGAGAAGAAGAAGGCAAUGCCAUGUCCCCCUCAUACUGCUAGGUGCUUUUUCCUGCCGCUUCGGAACCCUAUGAAGUUGGAGGUGGUGGACGAGAAACUGUUCUCUAGUGAGGAUGGUGCCACAUACACAGCUGUAAGAGGGCAGGAAACCACGUAUGAUGGACUAUGGUCGCAGAUAUGGGACCAUGUCACAUUGAGGCGUGACGUUUUGACUGCCACGGACAUUGGGGCCCAUGUCAUCCCUGAGGGACAGUUGCAGCAGCAUAUGGCCCCUGAAAAGUAUGGCUAUCACGUCAAUUGGGUCCUGGGAUGUUUGCAUCCUGCAGUGGUUGAUGGCAAGAGCCCGAGGAAGAUGAAGAAGUGCGCGUCGAAACCGCCAACUGGGAAGACGACUGCAGGCAAAAAGAAGAAGAGCCCGAAGCCCGUGUCAGCCACCGAUGACACUGCAGAUGUACGCAGUCAGCCCCACAGACGCCGUCGAUGCCCCGGGAUGGCAACUCUGGCGGAUAUCAGGAAGUUGCAACGAUCCGCCGACCUCUGCUUGGCUUUCAGACCAUUCUUGCGGAUCGUGCGCGAGGUUGUGGAGGAGACCAUUGCUCCUGGUGAGGGCAUGAGGUUUCAUAUGACGGCGGUGCGUGCUUCGAUGGAGGCUGUCGAGGCGUACCUGGUUGUCAAUUUCGAGAACACCAACGAGGUCGCGAUCCACUCGAAGAGGGUGACGAUCCAGGUCAAGGACAUGAGGCUGGUGGAUAGGUUGUCGAAGCCUCGCUGGGUGGAGAAAUAUGAAGAGAGAAGAGGACAAAAGACAAACUGUACCAUCAUGUCGAUGUCGGUAGCACAGGUGGAGAAGGCUCUUGCUGAGGUAAUGAAGUAUGCAGCGGAGGGCAUCCACUACAACAGUGACAUCGAGUUCUCUUUGCUGAAGGAGAGGGUGCCGAGGUACUUCGCAGUCAGUGUGGAUAUGAGAUUCACAAUCACGGCAAAUGACGAGGGCUGUGUCAAGGCACGAAUGCUCUUGCAACGCUUCAGAGAGUCACCAUGUGUACGUGUGGACAACGAAGUGGAACACAAUCCUUAUAGUCUAAAAGGAGUGGUUCAGUGGAUGUGCAACAAAGGGAUGUGCGAAGAUGAAGACGUGGACAUGACAAUGCACCAAAAAGGGGGAACGUAUGCACCUGCAAAUUUCAAAAAGUUGCUGGGCACUGUGGCGAAGAACUCCGACAUGCUUGUUGAUGGGUCCAAGGACGAGUUGAAAAGUGGUGCUGCAGAGAUCUUGGUGUUGUCCAGAAUGAAAGACAUCACACAAACACCACCACAGGACUUUCAAGAUGUUCAUGUAAUUGUUGCAGAUGGUGUGGAAUAUGUUCUGCUGGAUCAGCUCUGCGAUUUCAUGAAAAAGAGUGAUGAGGACAGGAACGCCAUCCACGAGGCGUUGCACGAAGUGACAGAGUUUGCACUGCAGGGUAAAGAUCUGAUCGAAUUUGUGCCAGCGAGAGGAGAAGACGACUUCAUAUCCGGCAGACCGUUGUGGGGGGACUUAUUGUCACGCGUUUUGGACCGGCUCAUGAAUCUCGUGAGCGAUGAGAGCGAGGACAUCGGAGCCCCCGAGAACACAGACGGGGAGGGCGGGUCAUUCGCAGAGCAGCAACCGCCGCCUGCUGAGUCUUUUGACAGUUCUCGCAAGCUUGCGACACUGAUUUUCUCUGCCAGGGCCGGCGUCGCAGCCGAGUUCCGAUUCGCAGGCAGUCACCAGGCGGUUGUGCUCGCAGAGGCAGUAGCUGUCCAUCGACGGUCAGCUCUAGGGAUCAGCCACGUGUCCACAGUUGUCGGCUUCAGCGGCGAUAUCAGCACGAUCAGUCCGCUGCGGCAUACAACGAUUCGGACGUCACUGAGGGAGUGGGGACAGCCAUUGGCAGCGGAGUGGAACCACUGGCUCACGCGCCAAGGGGACAAUCUUGUUCCUACGGACGACAUCGAUCUUGGUGGGAUUCGAGCAUCCUAGCACGAGCCGGCGGUGGUGCUUCCGGAACUUAUCCCCUUCCAGCGUCCCCAAUGAACCGCUCUCAACUCU